ACUCCAGCUGAGUACUCUCGGCUCGUCACUCCCUCUCUCUGUGGACCACGAUUUUGCCCUUCUCCCCCCAGGAGAAGUGCCGCGCUGAGUCUGCGGGGCCCGGAGACAUCUAGAGAAAAUGACCCAUUGGUUUCAUAGGAACCCAUUGAAAGCUACAGCUCCUGUCUCUUUUAAUUACUAUGGUGUGGUCACUGGCCUUCCUGCUUCAAAAAUGUGCAACCUCCAUGGCUUUACCUUCCCUGUUUCAUGUAAGUGACCUGAGAUCAUCCAGGGCGCGACUCCUUGAGCUGUUCACUGAUCUGAGCUGUAACCCAGAAAUGAUGAAGAAUGCAGCGGAUUUGUACUUCUCACUUUUACAAGGUUUCAUAAAUUCACCAGAUGAAUCUACACAGGAAAGCAAGUUACGAUAUAUUCAGAAUUUCAAGUGGACCGAUACACUACAGGGACAGGUUCCAAGUGCCCAGCAGGAUGCUGUUUUUGAAUUAAUUUCCAUGGGAUUUAAUGUAGCUUUAUGGUAUACCAAAUAUGCUUCAAGACUGGCUGGAAAAGAAAACAUAACAGAAGAUGAAGCAAAAGAGGUCCACCGAAGCCUAAAGAUUGCGGCUGGGAUUUUUAAACAUGUGAAGGAUAGUCACAUCCCGAAGCUUCUCACACCUGCGGAGAAGGGAAGGGACCUAGAGCCCCGGCUCAUAGAAGCAUACAUUCUCCAGUGUCAGGCUGAAGCUCAAGAAGUGACAAUAGCCCGAGCAAUUGAACUCAAGCAUGCUCCAGGGCUGAUUGCUGCGCUGGCGUAUGAAACGGCCAAUUUCUACCAAAGAGCCGAUCAUACUUUAUCCAGUUUGGAGCCUGCAUAUUCUGCUAAAUGGAGAAAAUAUCUUCACUUGAAAAUGUGUUUCUACACAGCUUAUGCGUACUGUUACCAUGGCCAGACGCUGCUGGCUGGAGACAAGUGCGGUGAAGCAAUCAGGUCUCUCCAAGAAGCAGAGAAAUUAUAUGCCAAGGCAGAAGCGCUCUGCAAAGAGUAUGGCGAGACCAAGGGACCUGGACCCACAGCCAAGCCCUCGGGACACCUAUUCUUCUGGAAGCUGGGGAGCCUGGUGAAGAACACGCUGGACAAGUGUCAGAGGGAGAACGGCUUCAUUUACUUUCAAAAAAUCCCAACUGAAGCCCCACAACUGGAACUCAAAGCAAAUUAUGGACUGGUAGAGCCUGUGCCUUUCGAAUUUCCUCCUGUGGGCACUCAGUGGACUCCAGAAGUGCUGGCUGCGUUUGACCUCACCAAGAGACCCAAGGACGACAGUGCCAAAACCAAGCCAGAAGAAGAAGUAAAACCUGUGAAAGAACCAGAUAUCAAGCCCCAAAAGGACACUGGGUGCUACAUCUCCUAAAAUGCUAUGUGCACUUGAUUUUCUCGGAGUGGGUAGGAGAAACCGUAGAGCUUCAGUCCCUGCUUCUUAAAGUGACUACUCUGCAGUCUGUAGAGUAAUCAUGUAUUCGGAGGGAUCCUGCCUUCAGUUCCUUGUUCUUGAUUUUCAGCGUAGCUGGGAAUCCUUCCUGCUCUGUUCCCAGACUCCCUGCUACACACAACGCUGUGAGAGGUUCAUUGUGCUCAGACACACGUGUUUGGGGGUUGGGUCCUUUUGAACACUGGGUACUGAGUUUCAGGUUAAUGUAUCAUAGGCCUGAAUGAUGUGUUUUCGGGCAGGUUUUUCUACAUAAAAACCUAUAUUUUCCUUCUUACUUGAUUCCAGAAGAAUGGCAAGAAUCAGUUUUGAAGAGAGACAGUUUACCCCCUUACCACUGUUCAUUAUAGAAUAGAUUUAUAUUCUGAGUUCUUCGUCUUUUCUGGUGGGGAAAAAAGACACAGUGCUCUGGAGACUUUCAUACCAGAUCCCUUACAUGUAUUAGGAUUUACGAUUUACAUGAAAAUCAGUAUUUCUGUGUUGAGACCCUUAGGAACCUACACUUACUUUGUAGCCCCAAAACUUUGUCCAGUCUUUAAUGACCCUUAGUGAUUUCUACAAAUCUCUUUUCUAAUGCAUUUUUUACUUAGAGGUUAAAACUGUAACAACACUCAGUGUUUCUAUGUUAGGAAAGAUAGUAAGAAUGGGAAAUUUUUUUUGAAGAAAUCAAAUAUUGCAUGAUGUAAAGAAAAAUCUUAAAUGAAAUAGGUUGUCCUGAAUUACACUGGUAACUGCUUUCUUUAAAAAGUCUUAGUAAAAUGCCUUUGUUGCCUGAUUUCAAUGUAUAUUGUUUCUACAUGAUUUUCUAAGACAUAUAUGUAUCUUACUGGAAUUGUAUUGCUUUAGGCCAAAGGCCAUAACAAAAACUUAAGAACAUACGUACAGUCUGACACUAAUAAUAGAUGGUACUAUUUGAAACAGUCCAUUGUAUACACACACUGGAGAAGUAGUCGAUGCUUAAAACUUCUGCAAUACCCCAGCCUGUCUGCAGGUUUACUUCCUCUUGAUAACUCUCCUGCAGUGUUAGGUAAUUUUCCAAUUGUAAAGGACAGGUUGGUUCGCUUAACAGAAAUAAUAGUAGCUGUGUAUUUUGAGAACUUUCCGCAUGCCCAGUGCUGUGCUGAGCACUUACAUAGAUAAACCAUGGAAUCCACGUAGCACCCCUGUGAGAAAGGUGUGGAAUGUGGGGGGCUGGGGAUUUAGCUCAGCAGCACAGCGCCUGCAUGGCAAGCGCAAGGUUGUGAGUUUGAUUCCUGGUACCAGAAGAAAACAAAAAAAAGAGAAAGGUAUGAAAUCUGCAGAAAACAUUGAAAAAGAAACGUGCUUUUCCUUACAACCAGUGAAUAGAGUGUGGUAUCUGUAUUAGCUUUUUGUCACUGGGACAAAAUACUUGGUGCACGUACCUUAAGGAGAAAAGUUUACUUGAGCUCACAGUGUCAGAGGUUUCAGUCCAUGGUCACUGGCUCCGUGGCGGGGACAUCAUGGUGGAGAGGUGCAGAGGAGGAGGACAGCUGCUAACACAUAGCAGCUGGAAGCAGAAAGAAGAGGGACCUGGACAGGAAGCCUCUCAGGCCGCUCCCCCAACGACACCGCAUGCCCACUGUGCCCUGCAGUGUUGCCCAGGCCAGGCCCAGGCGCCUGGGUCCGGCCUCAGAGCCACCUCUGAACACAGGAGCUUUGGGCAACAUCUGCGGUCCAAACCGGACGCCUGCCUGGGUAGAUGAGGACUUCGGUCAUGCUGCAGACGCUUACUCCUCAAAUCGCUGCAUAGAGUAGGGCUGCUUUUAAAAAUACGUGGAAAUGCUGUUUAAUGCUUAUAAGCUCUAAUAUUUGAAGCGGCAAUCUCCAGAAUGUUUGGAAUAGUAGUAGAUACUUAGUUUUAUUCUCCUGAUCAGAGGAGACAUUAAAUGUCGCUGUAUUUUGUGUAUUGCUACCACAGACUGUCCGCUGCUCUGUGCUAUUGACAGGCAGCGCUUGAAACAGUACUUGGUGCCGCCUGUGGGCCCCGUUUACCCUGAGUCCUAGCGCCUGCUGACUCAGUGACUGCACUCCCACGCCGAGAUUGCGAACCGCGCCGCCAUGUGUGAGGUGGGAACUGCUCAGCGCUGUGAAGCUCCGUAAGUACUGCACUUAAAUCAGCAGUUGCAGCUUGGACACAGGCGGGUCAUUGUAGGAGUCUUGGCUCAGCAAAGAUGACACCGUUGUGUGUAAUGCUUUUGGAAAUGGUGUUGGGAAUUCGGGGGCGUUACAGGAAGGCCGGAGCACUGUUAACUACUCGUGCUAAUGCUGCGCUCAUUCCCCUGGAGGCGGUGACACUCACUACUUCGGUUGAGUGGCAUUUGUGUGAUGAGUCACCUUUUAUUUAUGAAAAUAAAAGCAGUUUUACUUACACUCUCA